ACCCUCUUACCAUUUGAUUUUAUCCCCCCAAACGAUCCCUCACUAUGUCUCCUACCAAGCUGGGUGUCUUUGCCCACCUGGCGCUGGCCGCCAGCGCCGUGCUCAUCCCCUCGACAAUGACGGCCGAGGACCUGGGCGAUGACCGCGCUCUGGAAACGUUUGCGAUGACGCCCUCGAAGCGGUCGGUGGCGCUCGAGUGUCCAGAAUGCUCUUUUGCAACUGUCGAGGGAAAUGCGCUCACGUGGAAGCUUAAUGCGGGCAACACGUUUCGCCUCGACUUUGAUGUCGGACCGGACGAGAACACACUCAACCUGGACAACAGCCAAAUCUACCCGCCUUCGAUCAGCCUUGCCUUUCAACCGCACUAUGUCACACAGGUCGACCCUUCGUCGGAAGAGGGCGUACGCUUGCGCAUAACAGGCUUCGAGUUUGAACUGAACGGCGCAGAGACCAUUUCGGAGGAGGGCACCGAGCUACUGCCCAUGAUGCUCAAGAUUUCGUCGAUUGAGAACAUGCCCAUGAACCCUCCUUCGCUCCAGAUCAACGUGCUCAAGGACUCGCAGGGCCGUCUCAUGAUUGCGUCGUUCAACAAGGCCGAGCCCAGCCAGGCUGUACCGUCGGACAAGGACUGCAACGAAUGGCCCCUGUACUGCAAGUGGAAGAGCAUCAUGGCCGAUCGUCUUGAGCGUCUCAAGCACAUGGGCAAGCCUAGGCCCAACUGCCACAUGCGACCUCACGGCCAUAUGGCGUCCGAGAUGGCGGGUAAGCCUCCGCACCGCAUGCACCACGGCAUGGGCCACCACGACAUGGGUCACAGCCACGGCCGCCAUGGCCAGCACCACCACCACCACCGCUUUACUAUGUUUAUUCGCCGCGCUUUCUUUACCAUCUUCGUGCCUAUUCUCAUUGGUAUCUUUGCCGGUACUCUUACCUACCUCGUCGGUAUGGCGCUUGGAUGUCUCAUUGCCAUGACUGUUGCCAAGUUCCGCGGCCAGCGCUACCAGCCGAUUGCGCUUAGCGAGGAUGACGUCGAGGACAUUGAGGAUCUAGAGGCACAGGAGGACGGCGAGAAAGAGGAGUAUGCUGAGCUUCCGGCAUACGACGCGCCUCCCGUGUACGAGGACGCUGCCGACAAGACUGCUGACGAGACCAAGUAGAUGGAGUCGAAGAUUGGAGCAGAGGCGUAAAGGAGGAAUGCGACGCCUGGGUGUUGACGGAUAGACUGUACCAGCGCUUUCGGUCUUUUGUUUGGUAGACAUUUUGGAUAGCUAGCACGCGAAUGGAUUCCUUUGUCUAUGGCUACUGUGCAGUACGGUGUUGAUGGGGUGUGUAUGCUGGAGGCGAUUGAAUGUACGUGCUGUUUGUGGAAAUUGGUUGAAUGUGCAUUGCUGGAGUAUGGCGUUGAUGAGUGUGCUCACAUUUGGUCCGGCUCAGGCAGAAGGUUGCAGACGGUACUUGGUGUGAGAGAG